AUGGAUCUCAUUGGCAAAAUCUAUCAAGCCAGUAGCAAACAACACUGUUUCAUCAUUAUAGCUACAGACUAUUUUACCAAGUGGGUAGAAGCCAAGCCUGUUAAAUCCACUACAUCUCAAGAAAUCAUCACCUUCAUAGAAAAGCAGAUUAUACAAAGGUUUGGUAUUCCAGAGUCAAUCACAACUGACAGAGGAUCUUCUUUCAUAUCUGGAGAAAUGCUAGAUAUGGCAGAAGCAUUCAAGUUCAAACUUCUUCAAUCCACCCCUUAUUAUGCUCAUGCUAAUGGACAAGCAGAGUCAAGUAACAAAGUGAUCAUCAACAUUAUCAGGAAAAUGCUUGAGAAAAAUCCAAAGCAAUUGCCUGAGAAAUUAUCAGAAACUCUCUAG